AAACCCGAACGUCCAAAGUAAUUAAAUAGAUUAAGUAGUGUAUACUCAAAGUUUUAGAAAAAGUUCUACUAACUUAAUUAUGUCAAGUUGGUGUAACAUGUUCUUCCUUUUUGAGUAAUUUCAACUAAUCAUUUUUGAUUAAAUGGAACUAUUUUGUGUAUAAGUAAGCAUUACUUAAAAACAUAACUUAAGUAAAAAUUAAUAGAGUUAAGUAAUUGCAUGCUAAUAAUGAUAAAGUCCUGUUAUUUCUAUUGUUUCAAAAAGGGAUGAUUUAAAAAUAAACCUAAUUUAUAUAGCACAUGCUAAAAUACAAUAAAAUCUCAAAGUGCUUCAUCAAUUCGUCAUUUUUUUUAUUUUUAUUCUCAUAAUUUUUACUUAAGUGUUAAGUAGCUGCAGGGAUCAUUAUUUAUUCCAAGUUAAUCUCUGAUUCGCCUUCCGAAGCAGAAGGCGGUGCUAAUGCGCAUACUACACUGAUUCCUUAGCUCUGGAAAAAAAACUGAAAAGUUUAAACGGUUGAGAGUUUGGCGGGAAGCAACAGAAGGCCUGCAGAAAGUUACUACCUACACGGCAGCAUUCAGCAUUACUCGACUUACUGUAAGUUUUGAAUGUUAAUAUUUAUUCACUUUUACUUCUUUCAUACAUUUGUUGGUGUGUUUGUCUCAAAGAGCGUAGACCUUCUCUAAGCCCCCGCCCUUCACUGGCUUAUCACGGGAGUCUUGUAGGGCAUUGCCAACUUGGUGACGUUAAGUCAGAUAUAGGUUAGCUGCUAAAGGGCUAGCCACUUAGCGGACCACUAAUGUUACACACUCCAGUCACUAGACUAUUACGGCUGCGAGCAACCAUAUUCUUCGUGAGUGGUCUUGAAUGAAUCCUGGCGACCUAAGCUUACAAGCAAUGUUUCAGAUCAGUUUAUGCCCUUUCAUCUCCCUGUUCCAGUUUCAUGAAGUUAAGACAGUUAAGGAAGACAACUGGAGAUGUGAUAAAGAUACCAGGUAAUCCAAUGAAUGUGAAUUCCUCUAUCAACCACCCCUCUUUCAUUUAAGACAUUUCAUUCAAGAUUUGUCUUAAAAAAAUGUUAAAAACUCUGUUCUGGUUUCAGCUCUACCAGAGGUUGCUCAAGUACACAUUAGAGAACAAACAACUAGUGACACAAUCUACAAGACAACAAAUGUGACCAUUGAUGGCACAGACUAUGUCUGUGGAAUGUUUCUGUCUGUAGGAGUCAGUGGUGGACUGUCGACAUUUGGCAAAAUAGAAGAGAUCUUUCUUGUGAAUCACAACGUAUCUUUUCUGUGUUGUGAUUAUGACUCCUGGUAUGUAGAACAUCUACGGUCCUAUGAGCUGUCAACUGCAGACAUAAGCCUGUCGAUCCACCUGCAGUCUGGUCUGAAUGAUACAGUCCCUCUCUCUGCAUACAAGAUAGACGGCUCGCUGCUGCUGACCCCCAAGCGGUUCAUUCAAGUGAGACAGAACUGAGUUCAGCACAAUGGCAGCUGCAUCCCCACAACCAAUGAUUCUUCGUGUUGUUGAGCCAGACCAGGCUAGAAAAUUAAAACUCAGCUCACGACCAGCCUCUGUUGAUGCACUGAUCAACAUUAUAAAAGAACAGCUGGAAAUCAACCUUGACUUCGAUUUGCUUUACGAAGAUCCAGACUUUGAAGGGAAACUUACUUCCCUUACAGACAUUGAGGAAUUGCCACAAAAAGCUGUUGUGCACAUCUCACUUUCACAAGACUCCAGCUCUAUUGCAUCUACUGUUCUACUUUCAGAUGUGUCAUCUCCAGAGCGUCUCAGCAGGUGGCCUCCAGGUCCUUUCCCUGUUCCCACAUUUGCAUUUGAUGUUGAACUAAAACUUAGAGAUGGAAAUGCGGAAUAUAAGAAGAACAACACGCACCUUAAGUUGACAAGAGACCUAAAGCACGACAUUUUAGAAAAGCUUGCAUCUACUAUAUAUGGUUUUAAGGCUUACCCAAGUGAUAAAGAGAUUGCAAAGGCUGCUGAGGCUCUUGUAGCCAAACAUCCCUGCUUGAAGGAAGCAGGAUCUGAGACUGGCUGGAAUGGAUGGAAAAACUCCAUCAAGUUUAAGAUGGGCAAUUUCAGGAACAAGAUGAGACGGGCUGGAUGUCAGGAGGUCACUGUUAAUGCUGGAAAAAGAAGUAGAAGUUAUCCUGAAAAUGAAUCUUCACAUUCCAACAUUAAAAGACCCAAGCGAGCAGAAGUCAACUUCCUACCAAACUUUCCCCAAGGAAAGGAUCCUUCAAGCCUUGAGCAGUUGAGGCAGACAAUUGUUGAAGAAGUCAAGAAGACUGAGAAGAACCUGCCCCUCAUUAGAAAGAUGAUGGAGACCACAUUUCCCCUACGCCGACAGACCAUAGUGAUGUCCUGCCCACCAGUGAACGAGCUCAUGGACCUCUGGCCUGCUCUCAAAAUAGAGUCUGAGUUGUAUGCAGAGUUCCAGCGGAUUACGAAUCAGAACCUGCCCAACACAUUCUAUGCUGAGCUUGACCGCCAUCUUCCUCGACUGAUGACCUUAUUCAGACAGAAGGCAUCAAAAACUGGAAAGACAGCAGAUGCUCUGGCUGAAAUUUUAAAAAUCCACGAUGAACUGGAAAUCCAUGACAUCCACACCAAGCGCAUUACUGUUCUCCACGCCCUUCCAGUGUAUCUGCACGAGGACGUUUCUGGAUUUUUCAGAACCUGCACAGACGAGUCUGAUGAGCUGGAGCUUGAUGGCGUUGCAGUGGCCCUCCUUACGGUCAUCAGUGACAAUGACACACGUCCAGUUCACCACCACCCUGUGAGAAUCUCUGUAAUCAUUGAAAGUGAUGCCGUGGUCAGCCUCCCCAGACUUAGCGAUGCCUUCCUGGUAAUCUUUGGACUGAUAUAUGCACUACACCUCAGCUACCCCAAAGCACUGACCAACACUUUUGAAUUCACUGAAAAGAUUUUACUUGGUCUAGAAAGUGGUAAACUGUCACCCAGGUUGCAGACCCUCAAGAAUGACUUGUUGAUGUAAGUGACUGAUGGAGGAGGUGGAGAGGGAGGUGGAGAGGAGGAGGAGAGGAAGGUGGAGAGAGGGAGGUGACUAAUG